AUGUUAGACUCUAUAUUGGAAAGCUAUUGGUUAUUUCCUCUGGUAUUAUUCGCAUUUGUCCUGUUACUCUAUUCCUAUGUAACUGCUAUUCCUAAGUAUUCCUUUGCUGGAAAACAUGUCGCUAUCACAGGUGGUUCAAGUGGUAUAGGACUUAGUGUAGCUGUAGCUGCCAUACAGAGAGGUGCUCACGUCACUCUGAUAGCCAGAAACAGAGACAAACUGGAAAUGGCACGAGAACAGGUUCUGGAUCACACUGUUAACGAUGAACAGAGGGUUGCAGUCUGCAGUUUAAAUGUGAAGGAUGAGUUCCAAGUUGUCCGGUCUAGUAUCCAGGAAGCAGAGGAUUACAUUGGGAAAUGUGUAGAUGUCCUCGUUAACUGUGCUGGAACGUCGAUAUGUGGUUGUUUUGAAGACAUUCCGCCGUCCCAGUUUGAAGACAUGAUGAACCUGAACUUCAUGGGAAGUGUUAUUCCUACCCAGUGUGUGGUAGCUAAUAUGAAGAGGCAGAAAAGUGGCCGCAUUGUAUUCUGCUCGUCUCAGGCAGGACAGAUAGGUAUAUUCGGGUACACAGCGUACAGUGCCAGUAAGUUCGCACUACGUGGGUUCAGUGAAGCUCUGCAGAUGGAGUUGAGGCCUCACAAUAUCUACCUGCACGUAGCGUACCCUCCUGAUACAGAUACACCGGGGUAUAAGGAGGAGAUGGCGGUCGGGAAACCUAAGGAAACGAUAUUGAUAUCUGAGACAUCAGGAUUAUUUCCACCGGACAGAGUUGCAGAAGAUCUUAUCUGUGGUGUUGAAAACGGUAAAUACAGUAUAAGUACGGGUAUUGAAGGGUGGUUGUUGUCUCAGACCUGUGCGGGCACAGAGCCAGUCCACGCUAUGAUACAUGGUAUUUUACAGGCUCUGAUAGCUCCUCUGGGACGUAUCAUAAUAUUAUUUAAUCAGCGACAGUUUGCUAAGAUAUGCAAAGACAACGCCUAAUAUCAGACUUUUCGAGUUAAGUCUGGAAUUGAAAGACUUGAUGUAGAAUCUGCCGCGAUUUAUUCAUUAGCGUCACGACACAGAACAUUGAAUUGCCAACCUCAUUGUAUUGUCAUGAAAUAACUCAUCGUAUCCUGUGAGGAUAAUACACGAUAUUUUAUUUAUCAGUGAUAUGUUAUCAUAAUAACUCAUAAGCAUGUUUUUAAGAAUUUAAUUGAAGGUUGAACUAUUUAAAACGCAGAUGUAUUCAAAACGCGCAGAUAUAUUCCCGUUAGAAAAUACAUUUAUAAGUUGUUCAAGAUAAGAGGGCGUUUUGAUGAAUAAUUGUUAAACUUAUUGUAAAUUGUUCAAGGAUUGAUAAGACCAAUCUGGUAUUGAUUGUUUAAUUAGAAUGUAUUUUUGUAUAUCGUAACGUUUAGACAAUUCAAGUAACUAUUUCAG